GCCCACGACCCUAGUGGGAGAGUGGCGGCGCCGCGAGGAGGGGCGGGAGGCGGCGGUGGGAGGUGUCGGCCGAGGGAGCCCAGCUCUCCGAGUCCUGUGCACCAAGGCAGGGGAACGCGGCGCCCAGCGCAGGCAGAGCGCUGUCGCAUCCCGGGCGUCCACCCGCCAUGGGGCUCUCCUGGAGCCCGCGACCUCCACUGCUGAUGAUCCUGCUACUGGUGCUGUCGUUGUGGCUGCCACUUGGAGCAGGAAACUCCCUUGCCACAGAGAACAGGUUUGUGAACAGCUGUACCCAGGCCAGAAAGAAAUGCGAGGCUAAUCCCGCUUGCAAGGCUGCCUACCAGCACCUGGGCUCCUGCACCUCCAGUUUAAGCAGGCCGCUGCCCUUAGAGGAGUCUGCCAUGUCUGCAGACUGCCUAGAGGCAGCAGAACAACUCAGGAACAGCUCUCUGAUAGACUGCAGGUGCCAUCGGCGCAUGAAGCACCAAGCUACCUGUCUGGACAUUUAUUGGACCGUUCACCCUGCCCGAAGCCUUGGUGACUACGAGUUGGAUGUCUCACCCUAUGAAGACACAGUGACCAGCAAACCCUGGAAAAUGAAUCUUAGCAAGUUGAACAUGCUCAAACCAGACUCGGACCUCUGCCUCAAAUUUGCUAUGCUGUGUACUCUUCACGACAAGUGUGACCGCCUGCGCAAGGCCUACGGGGAGGCAUGCUCAGGGAUCCGCUGCCAGCGCCACCUCUGCCUAGCCCAGCUGCGCUCCUUCUUUGAGAAGGCAGCAGAGUCCCACGCUCAGGGUCUGCUGCUGUGUCCCUGUGCACCAGAAGAUGCGGGCUGUGGGGAGCGGCGGCGUAACACCAUCGCCCCCAGUUGCGCCCUGCCUUCUGUAACCCCCAAUUGCCUGGAUCUGCGGAGCUUCUGCCGUGCGGACCCUUUGUGCAGAUCACGCCUGAUGGACUUCCAGACCCACUGUCAUCCUAUGGACAUCCUUGGGACUUGUGCAACUGAGCAGUCCAGAUGUCUGCGGGCAUACCUGGGGCUGAUUGGGACUGCCAUGACCCCAAACUUCAUCAGCAAGGUCAACACUACUGUUGCCUUAAGCUGCACCUGCCGAGGCAGCGGCAACCUACAGGACGAGUGUGAACAGCUGGAAAGGUCCUUCUCCCAGAACCCCUGCCUCGUGGAGGCCAUUGCAGCUAAGAUGCGUUUCCACAGACAGCUCUUCUCCCAGGACUGGGCAGACUCUACUUUUUCAGUGGUGCAGCAGCAGAACAGCAACCCUGCUCUGAGACUGCAGCCCAGGCUACCCAUUCUUUCUUUCUCCAUCCUUCCCUUGAUUCUGCUGCAGACCCUCUGGUAGCUGGGCUUCCUCAGGGUCCUUUGUCCUCUCCACCACACCCAGACUGAUUUGCAGCCUGUGGUGGGAGAGAACUCGCCAGCCUGUGGAAGAAGACGCAGCGUGCUACACAGCAACCCGGAACCAACCAGGCAUUCCGCAGCACAUCCCGUCUGCUCCAGAAGAGGUCUUAGAAGUGAGGGCUGUGACCCUUCCGAUCCUGAGCGGCUAGUUUUCAAACCUCCCUUGCCCCUGCUUCCUUCUGGCUCAGGCUGCUCCUCCUUAGGACUUUGUGGGUCCAGUUUUGCCUUCUGUUCUGAUGGUGAUUAGCGGCUCACCUCCAGCGCUUCUUCCUGUUUCCCAGGACCACCCAGAGGCUAAGGAAUCAGUCAUUCCCUGUUGCCUUCUCCAGGAAGGCAGGCUAAGGGUUCUGAGGUGACUGAGAAAAAUGUUUCCUUUGUGUGGAAGGCUGGUGCUCCAGCCUCCACGUCCCUCUGAAUGGAAGAUAAAAACCUGCUGGUGUCUUGACUGCUCUGCCAGGCAAUCCUGAACAUUUGGGCAUGAAGAGCUAAAGUCUUUGGGUCUUGUUUAACUCCUAUUACUGUCCCCAAAUUCCCCUAGUCCCUUGGGUCAUGAUUAAACAUUUUGACUUAGGACUUU